UUUUAAGCUUCAAACGAACUUCGGCAACAAACAAGGAGAAUGAAUCUCUGAAAAGCCCGCCGCCGCAUGCUACUGUUUGGGACGACUUAGAUUUGGCUCUCUUACUGUACGUGCAAUCGCGCGAUGCAGCUGGUGUAGGGUUCAUUUGUGUGCGGGGUGGGUUCGGACACGCUCACGCGCCGGCGGAGAGACGUUUGCGGAGAGCGAGUCCUUUCGGUCAUAGACUGAGGAAUGCGUAGACGCUUUAUGAGAACUCCAGGCAACCCCGCCAUCCACAUCCUAUCAUUCAGGGAUUUCAAGCCAGCUCAGCUGCAGGCUAGUAAUGGCAUUCCACUUCAACCCAGCUUCAAGAAUGCGGUUCCCCAUCCGAUUGUUCUCCAUACGGAGGAGUCGGCUCUACAGCUCUGCAGCGGCGGCUGUCGCCGAGUCGCCUACGCCCCCACAUAUAAAUCCUAUCAAACUGCGAGAUUAUCAAGAGGAAUGUAUAACGACUUGUUUGCAGGCUUUCCAGAAUGGCGUGAGGCGGCAGCUUGUCAGUCUACCCGUCGCAAGUGGAAAAACCACCAUCUUCACAAACCUCAUCUCGCGAAUCCCGCCGCCAACACCCAAAGCCACCAAAACGCUAGUCCUCGCCCACAAAACCGAGCUGAUACAACAAGCCCGCCUCACCCUGAAGCGGGACUUCCCCCACCUGAUUCCCGACGUAGAAGAAGGUUCAAAAAGAGCGCAAGACGACGCAGACGUCAUCUUCGCCUCAGUCAACAGCCUAGGACGAGGAGGAUCCACCCGGCUGCAAGAACCGAGGUUCGAUCCGUCCCUCUACAAAGCGAUCGUGAUCGACGAGGCGCAUCAUACUGCGGCGGUUACCUACCAACGCAUCCUCAAGCAUUUUGGCGCCGAUGUGCCUGAAUCGCCCGUGCUGGUGUGGGGAUGCACGGCGACGGUGCGCCGGCAUGACGGGGUGACGCUCAAAUCCGCCUUCGACGAGAUCGUGUUCCAUCGGUCCAUUAAGCAGAUGAUGGACGAAGGCUGGCUGUGCGAUGCUACUUACCACCGCUUACACUCGGAUGUAUCCUUGGAGGAUUUACCGUCUACUGGACCCGACUUCGAUAUUAAGAAGUUGAGGGAGCGCGUGGAUGUCAUAAGGCGGAAUAGAGCGAUUACGGAGGGAUGGCAGGAGGCGUAUGAGAAGCAUGGGUGUAAAUCCACCGUCAUCUUUGCGGUCGAUGUACAGCAUAUCAAGCACAUCCAGAAGGAGUUUGAGGAUAAUGGCGUGCCCGUUGCAGUCGUGUAUAGCGACUUGAAACCACUCGAACGGGCCACAGCGCUCGAGUCGUUCAGGAAUGGGGACGUCCCGGUCCUCAUCAACUGCGGGAUUCUGACAGAAGGCGUAGAUAUCCCCAAAAUCGACUGUGUGAUACUCGGCCGACCCACGCGGUCCGUCGGCCUACUCCAGCAAAUGAUCGGGCGCGGCCUGCGAACCUCCCCCGCCACAGGGAAGACCUCCUGCCGCAUCAUCGACAUCUGCGACAACGUCAACGCCCACACUUCCCUCGCGACCGUCCCCACCCUCCUCGGCCUCUCCCGCGACUUUGAUUUCGCAGGCAAAUCCGUGCGCAAAGUCAACGAAGCGACCGAACGGUACCGGCUCGCGGGGUACGAUCUACACCAGUACGCCAACAUGGAGGAGAUCGAGCGGGUCGCGCAGAUGUACACAUAUCGGACCGGCGUGGUGUUCUUUUCGUCUCCGUUUUUGUUUGACGAGGUGCCAAAACAUGAGGUGUUUGAUACCGAGGCGGAGGAGUUUAGGAGGAUGAAGACCAAAAUGGCGUGGGUGAGGACAGGGCCGGCCAGUUGCGCGUUGGAGGUGCAGAAGAGGAAGGCCGUGCUGGUUACCCAGAAGAACGGGCCGGACGGCGAGCUGCUGUGCGACGUAACCCUCGAACACCUGAUAGAAAUCGCCUCCUCCUACAAACACCUCCACAACCCGCGCAAACCCCGUUUCUUCACGAAACGCACCUCCCUCGGCACCCUCGACGACUUCCGGCUCGCGCUACACUCCGCAGAAACCUACCUCCGCACCCACGGCCUCGCCUCGCCGCACAUCUUCCGUUCCGCCCCGUGGCGCCGUGAGGCCCCGACCAACGCGCAGAUAGAGUAUUUGAAGAAGAUGAGAGUGGAGAAUUAUGACGGGUGGACGAAGGGCAAGGCGGCGGAUGUGCUGACGAAGUUGCGGAGAGGGGCGAGGGAGAGGGAGGAGGAGAGGAAGAGGGGGAUGGAGGAGAUGAGGGAGGAAAAGGAGAGGGCGAAGAGGGAAAAGAUGAUGUUUGAGAGGGGUGGGGAGUUGCAUUGAGGGGUGUCACAUGUACGGAUACCCUUCGGGUUGUGUAUCGGAGUUUUGUGUAGUUUGCGUAGUUCCUUGUACAUAGCCAUACCCUUGUAAAUGUUGCGAAUAUGAACUGUGCCUAUAUAUGUAGGCGGACAUGGAA